CGCUUAUCGUUCUGAAUUUUUGGUCGGCUUUCACCAAAACCAUUACAACUUUCUUCCUAGCAGAGUGUACCAACAAGUUCUCAUUCACUGCUCACGACAAACAAUAUCACGGACGGAUUCCACUGCGAAUUAACUGCUACGGCUAUUCCAACCAUCCUUGCGCUGAACAUUCCUCGUUUAACGAGUCACAUUGCCCAUCAUGCCUUUCACUCUCUCGGAGGAAUCUAAGGAGCGCAUUGGAAAGAUCAUUGAGAUUGGACGUGUCGCAAUGCACUAUGGCUACCUGCCCUUGAUCCUCUAUCUCGGCUACACACGUAGCGAUCCACGACCUCCCAUGAUCCGCCUGCUCUCUCCUCUCUCCUAGUGCGUGCGAAAGUUGAAGCGGCUGCUCCGAAAACUCUUGUACCAACACUACUACUAUUACUUGAUGCCAUUACUGCGCUUCUUGAUAAUCCGACAUCAGCCAAAGGGCAUCAUGGAUAUGGAUGGAAUGGCGUUGAUCACCGACUAUUGAUCUUGAUCUGUCUGCAAUAUGCCGCUUGUUGACGGCGUUGCAAUGUGUAAUGAAUGAACUCUGAUACCACUCACAAACAC